AUGCCUCAUUCCCAAGAUUUCAAUGUGUGGUACCUCGAUGUCAUUUCCCAGGCUGAGCUCGCUGAUUACGACCCUGUUCGUGGUACCAUGGUUAUUCGACCAUAUGAUUAUGCCAUUUGGGAAGCUAUUCAGUUUGCUUCCGGUGAAACCAUGAGGAAAUGCUUGAGCUCUAAUAAGAAUCAUAAUUUUACAAACAAUGAUGUUGAAGAUAAAUCUAUGAAGUUACACUUCUAUAUGGACACAAGAUCCUCCCUUAGCCAGGGUGUUCUUUCUCAGAGGAGAUCUAGUUUUCGGGGUAACCAAUUCCCUCUAGUAGUUGAAGCUGCUAGAAAAGCUCCUAUUCGCAGUAGAAAACUUCAUGCGGAAUCAACCAAUGACUUCAUAUAG